AUGGCGAUGGAGGGGCUGCGGGCAUGGGCGGUGGAGGAGAUGAGGAAGACGAUGGGAGAAGAGGAGAGGGCGGGAGAAGGGAAGGAGAGGAAGGGAGAGGGAGACCUGAUGGGCUGGAUGAGAGCAGUGACGGAGAGGCAGGGAGAGCGGAAGAAGAAUCUCUCCCUGCUCCUGAGCCUCGAGGGCCAAGUGGGGAAAGGCCUCCUGGAGGCGCAACGAAGAGUACAGGAGAGCACUCGGCAUGUCGAGGAGCUGGAGCAGGGCAGAAGGAGGCUAGUCGAGAAGCUCGGGGAGCUGAAGGAGAAAGGGGGGAGCGGAGGAGCGUUCCACGAGCUCGAGGAGCUACAGCUGAAGGUGCAGCAGACGCAAGACGUGAAGAAGAUGGCGGAGAUGCUGGAGAAAUCGAUGCAAGUCGUUCUAGCGGGAGAUGGCAAGCCCAACAUCGCGUCCUUGUCAGAGCUGCUGCAGGAAUGCACCUUCAGCGCUUCCAUCCGCCAGGCCGUGCAGGCCAAACUUGGGAGUCUGGUGGAAGGAGAGAAGAAGGAGCUCUCCGAAGAAUUCUCCGCCGUCAUGAAGGAGGUGGGAUGGCCGAAGCCUCUUGUCUUGUCCGAUGAUGCGGAGGAAGAGGCGAUGAAGGUCGUCGAGCUCGGGGAGGUCCAGUCAAAGGGCAAAGGAGGCAAAGGAGGGGCUGGGGGCAUGCAGCGAAUGAGUCUCGCCAUUCACAAGAUGACAAGACUGCAGGUGGCCUGUCUGCAGGCAGAGGAGCAGGAGAAGAAGCCUCCUCGCUUCGAGUCCUGGGCUCUCCAGACCUUGCUCGCUCCCCUCGCUCUCCGUUUCACCUACCAUUUCCGAUCAACCAGGUCAACGAACCGCCUAGACAAGCCCGACUGGUACUUCUCGUACCAGCUCUCUCGCCUCAAGGAGCAUCUUCCCUUCCUUAUCCGGGUGGUCCAGCCUCUGGUCCGAGCAUCCUUGCAUGAUCGCUUCCUCGACUACAACCCUGCUGUUCAAUUCGCUUCCGCGCUCGCGCAGCAAUGCAGCGACAAGGUCAAAGCUGACAGCAACCUGCUGGUGGAGGAAGGGAGUCUGCUGAUGUUGACGAUCAGCGAGGCGCUCCAAUUCGACAAGACCAUCGCCAGCCUGCUGAGCUCCUCGGGGAUCGGCUCCUUCCGGAGCAGCGACGUCUCCUGCAUGGCGAGGAUCGCACGUUUGGACAACCUCAUGGCCCGCUGGCUGCAGCUCGAGUCGCUCUCGCGUGCUGAGCAAGUCCGCCUGUGGCUCAGCAGCGACGAGGAGAUGCGCAUCUGCCACGUCUCCUCCCAGCUGCAGGACGACGCUGACGACUCGCACGCCCUGCGCAUGCGGUACCUGCACGACUGGGGCUCCAGGAGCGCACAGGGUGUGAUAGCGGCAGUGGAGGACGUGGUAUCUCGCUGUGCGACGCUGUCUGACCAGCUGCGCGUCAAGUUUGCGAAGCAGGUGCAAGAGGAUCACAUCCUCGUCCCGUACCUGGAGGGCCUGCGAGACAAGGCGACGGAUUGGAUUCGCCGCUGGGAGAAAAAGUCCAGCUGGAGGAAGGAGAUGCAGCAGAGCAACCAGAAGCUGACGGGUCGACUGGCCAAGAAUGCCAUCGAUGCUGUCGUGUACGUGGCGAGCACAGAGCACGCUAGUCGAGAGGAGGAGAUGGAGGAUUGUGAGCUGAGUAGCUUCUGCGGGAUCUGUUGCUCGGCCCGAUACUGCAGCCUUGCGCUAGAGGAGUUUGUAGACGAGGAUGUGUUGAACACGUUUGAGGGCGGCAUGCAGGCAGCGCAGGCGAACGAGGAGAUCUACGAGAUUUUCCUCCAGACAAGUCGGGAGUUUCUCGCCGUCUCCCAGGACUGUGCGGAGCAGAUCAUCUCGGUGAUAGCGAGAGACUUCGAGGACGCGUCGCUGGGGUACCUGCAGCAGGGCAGGAGCACGAGCAGGACCUUCGACCCGACGGUGCUGGAGGUGACGGAGAUGAGCUCGGACAUGUGCGAGCCCCUCGAGAUCCUUCGGGCUCACUUGCACACGAUCCUCGUCUCCCUCCACCCGCAGGCUCGCGUGCGCGUCUGGAGCAGCGUGGCGGAGCGGGUGGACGGACUUCUCUUCGAGCGGAUUAGCAGCCUGGGGGUCAUAAGCCCCCUCACUGCCGCUCAGAUCAACUUGGACCUCGGCCUCAUCACCGGCCUGUUCGCUCCCUUCACCAGCAAACCCGCCAACCUCCUCAAGCGGCUCAAGGAGACCGGCAUCCUCCUCGCCAUGCCGGUCAAGGACAUGCGAAGGCUUGUUGACACUCUUGAUGAUCCUGCCAGCCGCUACCGCGAGGAUGCGCUCGCCUCAUGCGGGAUUCACCUCCUCACGUUCCAGCAGGCUCGAGGGCUGUGCGGCAAACGAGCGGAUCUGCUGUAA